CCUCCUCCUCCUCCAAACAUGGCGCCGGCCCGCAGCGCUGCUGCUUCCCCGACAGACGACGCGCAGAGAGGGAGAGACGGAGGAGGAGAAGAAGGAGAAGGAGAAGCAGUCAACAACUCACCCUGAACGUGUUUUGUUUUUUUUUAAACAAAUUUUGAAAAAGGAACAAAACUUAACACUCUUUAAGCUUUUCCGGCGGAGACUUUACGUGCAGCUUUUUGGAGACGUUUACGCGCCAGGCUGUGCGCGCAACGGAGAGCCCACCUGUCCGACGAAGGUACACUUCACGCCCGUUUCUUCGAGGAUGUGAACGUGCCUGGUUAACCGUGGAAUACCGGAGCAGAGCGAGCAGACAGACGGGUAGCUCUGGGAAAAACAUGUGCAGGAACACAGAGGCUGCAGAGGACUGACUCUUUCCAAGGAGGGAGGGAGAAAACAACAACUUUUUUUCCGCUCUUCCACACCGAGAGGAUGGAUGGAGAACACUUUUCGCUGUCAGGAGUUGAGAGGGAAAGAGAGAGGCUUCCGCCAAUUUACAACAGCUCCGCUCCUGCUGGUUUUGGGCGAGGAGCGAAGCAGCCGUUUCCGUCUCUGGGCACCUUCAUCUCCACGCUGAGCCAGAGGAGGGACGCAGGGGGGCGGGGCUUAGCUGGCGGCAUGACGGGCGGCCUGAGCAGCACCCACUGGCUCCGACACGGGAGAGAGCUGCCUCCGAUCUGUAGCGAUGUCCGUCAGAAGCAGCGGCUCUCCAUCGACACUCUUCCCCCAGAAGUCAAAGCUCCGUUCCCCUCCGACCCCGUCAUCCCGCUGCGCACCAAGACCACCAAGGAGUUCCAGGAGGACAUGGAGCGUGCCGUCCAAUCAGGUGACUGGAGGGAGGUGCGAGAGUUUUACCUGACCACCUUCGACUCGUUCAUAGAAAUCAACGCUGCCUUCAAGCGAGAGGCCAACGGAUCGUUCAACACCAUCGACGACUCGGGAGUCAACGCCAAGUUUGUCAACGCCGUUUACGACGCUCUGCUCGGCACACCUCAGGACAUCCAGAAGUCAGUGUUGAAAGGGAUCAUCAACAGCUUGCUGAGGGAGUGGAAAGGGCCUCGGACAAAAGACGACCUGCGAGCUUAUUUCAUUCUGGUUCAGAACCCCCAGUAUUCGAGCACCAGCACCUAUGUGAUAUACGCUCACCUGCUGAGGCAGAUCGCAGCUCUGUCAGAGGCCGACCACCACUUCCUGGUUCAUUGGCUAAAAAAGCUGUCGGCGAGGCGAUUCAGGCAGCUGGUAGAGCGCCUCCUACAGUUCAUCUCCACCCGUCUGUUUCCUGCAGAACCAGACGAACUUCCUCCUCUGGCCAAGUGCUCCUGGUGGAUUCCCUCUGCUACCAAAGUGCUUAGCCUGUUCAAUGCAGCCAACAGUGUCUCCUCUACUCCCAUCAUGCCUUUCACUGACUUCUACAACAUCACUCUGGAGCACAUCGACUUCAUGGAGGAGUACAGGACCUGGCAGAACUACGGCAACUCCAAUAGGUUUUCCUUCUGUCAGUUCCCCUUCAUCCUUUCGACGGUGGUGAAGAAAGCCAUCAUCCAGAAAGACUCCGAGCAACAGAUGAUCAGUCAGGCCCGGCAAAGCCUGGUCAGUAAGGUUUCUCGCAGGCAGAGAGUGGAUAUGAACCUUCUGUUCCUCAACAUUAAAGUACGACGAGCACAACUCCUCAGCGACUCACUGGAUGAGUUGACAAGGAAGCGGUGCGACCUGAAGAAGAAGCUGCGGGUGACGUUUGUCGGGGAGGCGGGGCUGGACAUGGGCGGCCUGACCAAGGAGUGGUUCCUGCUGCUGGUCCGACAGAUCUUCCACACAGACUACGGCAUGUUCACCUACAUGAAGGACUCGCGCUGCCAUUGGUUCAGCAGUUGGAAGUGCGACAACUAUUCAGAGUUCCAGUUGGUCGGGACUCUGAUGGGCUUAGCCGUUUACAACAGCAUCGCUCUGGACAUCCACUUCCCCCUCUACUGUUACAGGAAGCUCCUCACUCCACCUACUGCACCAUGCGACCAAAAUGCCCUUGUCGGCAUGGCAACCGCCACCCUGGACGACCUGCAGCAGAUCAUGCCGGAGCUGGCUCACGGUUUGGGAGAGCUGCUGAGCUACGAGGGAAACGUAGAGGAAGACUUCUACCUCACCUUCCAGGUGUUCCAGGAGGAAAUGGGCGUGGUCAAAUCCCACAACCUGAAGCCUGGAGGAGACAAAAUCCCCGUCACCAAGCAGAACAGAAAGGAGUACGUGCAGCUGUACGUUGACUUCCUGCUGAACAAAUCCAUUUAUAAACAGUUUGCUGCCUUCUACCACGGCUUCCACAGUGUGUGUGCCUCUGAUGCACUCAUGCUGCUGCGGCCAGAGGAGGUGGAGAUGUUGGUGUGCGGGAGUCCAGAGCUCGACAUGAGCGCUCUGCAGAAAGCCGCUCAGUAUGAAGGAUACAGCAAGACCGAAACCACUGUCCGGUGUUUCUGGGACGUGGUGUUGGCCUUCCCUCUGGAGCUACAGAAGAAGCUGCUCCACUUCGCCACAGGAAGUGACCGCGUUCCCGUCGGAGGAAUGGCCGACCUCAACUUCAAAAUCUCCAAGAUCGACGUUCCAACUGACUGGUUGCCGAUCUCUCACACCUGUUUUAAUCAGAUCUGUCUCCCUAUGUAUCGCACCAGGAAGGAGCUCAAACACAAACUCACCAUCGCCAUCUCCAACGCUGAGGGCUUCGGCCUGGAGUGACCAGCCUGCACACACACACACACACACACGCACACACACACACACACAGUCUCUCUCUGUCACGACUGCCACAGCGCACAUUAUGUGGUCGUGGAUCAGACUGUGGAGGAAACAAGUUUUUCAAUAAGUGCUUUCCAAUUUGUCGAUGUAGAACUUUUUAAAUUUGCAGCAGCUACAGAGGAAUAUUUUUUCACUCUAUUACAAGACAACCCUGGUGAAGACCAUUAUAUUUUGGAUGUCACUUAAUAGAAGUUAACUUAUCGUGUCAUCCUUCGAGAAACUUUACUGCUCAAAUUAAUUUCAUAAAUGAAGUUUUUUAAAUAUUUCUGGUCCCAUACCAUUGAAAUCAUACCAACCAAUAUUCUCAGAAACCUUGUAUCACCAAAAACGUAAACGUAUAAUAGGUUGCUGCUUUGCUCAGGUAAUUAUUAUUGUCAAUAUGACUAUUUAUUAACCAGAUUGCCAGGUAUUCGCCAUGGAUGUACUAAAGACGUAAAUACAGCGUUCAUGGCAGAGCCCUGUUCAUUCCUAUGAGAGUUGUUCAGUGGCGCUUUCGCCAAAAAAAGUUUCUAAGCUUCCGGGUUAACCUACAUGAUAUGUGGCCCGCUGAAUAUGGGCCCAGAGACUUUACAUUAAUGUUUUUACAGCGCUCGGCUCGAGGGAAGUUUUUCAAAUAUGAAAGUCCAUGGAUUCAAAAUUCACAAUAGAAAGAAUCCUGACCGACGUUGUUUGUAGUUCAAGGUAUCUUGGCAGCAGUUUUACAGACGUCUCUUUUACAAUAGCGGCCUUUUUGGGCCACAGGGGGAUUUUUCGUUGCAAUACCAUGAGUGGCCACUGAUCAAAAUUGGUGGAAGGGCUGUUACUGGGUGGCUGGUAUUCGCCCAUCAUUGACAUUAACUUUUGGACAUGCUGUUCAAUGAGCCUCUAUUUAAUGGUCGAGAAUAAACUGAGAGCAUGUCUGCAUUAAGCCGGUUAAAUUGAGUUGAACCGAAAAAUAGGCUUCAUUUAAAAUUUCAAAUCCUCAAAUUACAUGGAUUCAAUAAUCACACAAUAUUACAUCCUUGUGUGUUAGGUACAGAAAAAAUAGAGAGGGGAAGUAUGAUGAUAAUAUU